AGGAAGCAGCCAACCAACCAAGUCGCCCUCACCUCCCACCCCCACCCACUCCGGACCUGGUUUACGGCUCAGGGCUUAGGCUUCAGUGCGGUCGCUGAUUGGUUGUUGAGGGUUUGGUCCAUCCCAGUGACCCCAAAGUGCUGAAGGGAGGGGGUGGGGGUGGCCCAGUGCAAAGUGCAUCCCGAAAGACCCCUGUCCUGAGACCUGGCUGCUGGCACUUCAGACCCUGUACGAGCUGGGACUUCGCCGUCCGGAGACCUCCUGAGUCCCUCCCUACCUGGAAGCCUCCGGCCCGGAGCGCCGCAGUCCCCUGCUUGGAGCCCCUGGACCGGGACUGCCCCCCCCCCCCCCAGCAACCCGAGCCGGGACUUCCUCCCUGCACCCCUGCCCCGAGGCUGCCGGGCAGCCGGGACAGCCACCCUUGCGUGCUCGACUGUCUGGAUGCUCUCCCGGUUGGGGCCGUGAGGCACCCAGGAGGAUAGAGAGCUCCCGAGUCUGGCCCUGCCCGGAGUGUUUCUUCAAUGGAGAAGUUGGUGAGUGUGGAGGAGACUGAAAGGAAGAAGAGGAGCAGCAGCUGAGGGCGCAGGGUUGAGCUGGCUGGAGGACUCUCGAGAGCAGAAAGGGCUCUGCCCACCCACCAGUGAAGCAGCAAGCCCAGUGCCUCUGACCAGCAUCCUGUAUCAAGGCACUGAUGUAUAGGCUGCCAAGACUAUAUUGGCUUACAUGGGUUCAUAGAAUAAUGUUGACAAGCCGCAUCAUUUAUAUGUGUGAUUUAAUCUUUGAGUCAGGUCUGGAUAAAUGAAUUCUAAAUUUUUUCUAUUGUCUCAAUCUACAUUUGAUGACAGUUAUUGGAUUUUCUGCUGGAACUCAAGUUGACAAGCUCUUUGGCCUGCAGCCUGCACACACCCAGAAUCCCCUCCCCAUGAUGUUGUAUGUGCACAAUGGUUGUUAGGCAGUCCCUAUCCCAGGAGAAGGGACGUUCUUCUGUAAGGCUGAUCCCUGUGACCUAAUGAAACCUUGAUAAAAAGUGGACUCAGCUAGGAUGUUACACCACCAUUGUCGAAGGAAUCCUGAACUCCAGGAAGAAUUGCAGAUUCAGGCUGCAGUGGCUGCUGGGGAUGUUCACACCGUACGAAAAAUGUUAGAACAAGGCUAUUCUCCAAAUGGCCGAGAUGCUAAUGGCUGGACCCUGCUUCAUUUCUCUGCAGCAAGAGGAAAGGAAAGAUGUGUUCGAGUAUUUCUGGAACAUGGAGCUGAUCCCACGGUAAAGGACUUAAUCGGAGGCUUCACUGCUCUUCAUUACGCAGCCAUGCAUGGCCGGGCCCGGAUCGCUCGCCUGAUGUUAGAAUCUGAGUACAGGAGCGACAUUAUUAACGCGAAAAGCAACGAUGGCUGGACUCCCCUCCACGUGGCCGCGCACUAUGGCAGGGACUCAUUCGUCCGGCUCCUCCUAGAGUUCAAGGCUGAGGUCGACCCCCUCAGCGACAAAGGUACAACGCCACUUCAGCUCGCCAUCAUCCGAGAGAGGUCAAGCUGUGUGAAAAUCCUCCUGGACCACAACGCCAACAUUGACAUUCAGAACGGUUUCCUGUUGCGCUACGCUGUGAUCAAAAGCAAUCACUCAUACUGUCGGAUGUUCCUUCAGAGGGGGGCAGACACAAACCUGGGGCGCUUAGAAGACGGGCAGACUCCUUUACACUUGUCUGCCCUUCGAGAUGACGUGCUGUGCGCACGGAUGUUGUAUAACUAUGGAGCGGACACGAACACAAGGAACUAUGAAGGUCAGACGCCGCUGGCUGUCUCCAUAAGUAUUUCUGGAAGUAGUCGACCGUGUUUGGAUUUCUUACAAGAAGUCACAAGACAGCCCAGAAACUUGCAGGACCUGUGCCGAAUUAAAAUUCGACAAUGUAUAGGCCUUCAAAAUCUAAAGCUACUUGAUGAACUACCAAUUGCCAAGGUCAUGAAAGACUACUUAAAACACAAAUUUGAUGAUAUCUGAUAUACCAGGACUCGGAGCAAGUUAUAUUCCAGAUACUUAAAAAGGCUUUUUGCCUUGCACAAAGUAUAUCCUAUGCAAUUUCUGAUUUGCUAUGAAGUCAGAAAGCAGGUAUACACUUUUAGGUUUUUUGUUUGUUUGGUUGGUUUUCAUUGUAGGGGAGGGAUUUUUUAUAUAUAUAAACACACACCACAUGCUUGAAGGUCUUAAUUUGGUUUCUUGGUCCAAGUUUAAAAGGUCCAAGCUUUCUAUACAAUACUGCAUUUAGCAAAAUUGUUUUUCUUAAAUGACACAAGCAAGUUCGGAGUAAAGAAUUUACCCUUUCCAAAUUUAUAGUUUCAUUGAUGACAUGGUACUAGAAAUCAGCAGAACACUUACUAUGGUUCGAAGGUCAAGUUUCACCCAGGAGGUGUCCUGGGUUAUAUUGGAAAAUGCCUAAGAAGGGAUCUAAAGUGCUGGCACCUCGUUUACUUGCAAUGAAUACAAAUUGGUUAUUUCAAACUGUUCUUUUUUUCUUAAUUAAUGUAACUUUCAGAGAUAGAAAUUCAGUACCUCCACUUUCCUUUGGGUGUGCUCUUGUUUUUAACUUAGUUGUUUUUUCUUUUUUAAACAACUGUAGGACACUACCCUGAGACACCGUCUCAGCUUUUGUCUGUAGUUGAAUUGUGCUUUAAAAAAAAAAAUGGGAAAGAAAAUAACUGUAUAAAGCCAGUAUAUUCUGUUUUUAAAACAGCACCUCUAGUGCAAUACUUCUUCUGGUGUAUUCUAGCCAUUAUUUACUCCGUCGUCCGUCAUUCCACAGCUGGCGUUGACAUGCCUGUGAAAAUGGGGCCGCCUCUUUAAUCUUCACUGCAUACCUGUAAUAUGUUGGUUGCAAUUCCAUUUUAAGCUUUACUUUUUUAAUUUCACUUUUGCGAAUUUUAUAUCCUGGUGAAAGAAUAUCCCCUAAAAAUAGCCCAAACUACUGUUAAGCCAUUUGGCUUUAAUGGUUAAAUUGGGGGUAUUUUUCUUCCUGGUUUUUAAUUAAAAUAUUUUAAGGGUAAAUCUCUAAAUGGGUGCACAUUUGUAAGUCUGGCUAAUUCCUAAUAUGCUAAUUGAACAUUUCCUGCUACUUUAAAGUUAUGUACAGUGAAGCUUUUAAGAACGGUUGUUUGUUCUCUGGGUAGCUGGGGCAUAUGUGUGCAGCAUAAGCAUGGAUAUGAUUAACAGUGGAAAAGGUCCCAGAGGCUCUAGGCGUCUGGGAUGAUGCCCUUGGGAAGGAGUUCUCUGCUUCAUUCAUCAUUAUGUGAGUUUCAGAAGAACCUUUUUAAAUGUCCCAGAAUCAUUCUUUGUGCUUUGGGAAACUUCAUAAUAUUUACUUGCUGUUAAUAAAUUUGUUAACUGAAGUUUACAAGAUGAAGGGCUUUUCUUGUCUGAAUUUCUAGUUUUAAGUCAUAAAGUAUAAGAACCUUUUCCCUAGAAGUAUAACUAAGCAGAGUUAGGAGUCUGCUCUGGCCUUACCUUUCCCAGAGCUGGCAGUGCUGAAUGUUCAGCACCAAGUUUGUGCUUGCUGCCAGAGUAGCCCUGGCGUUACGGUAUCUGAUCUGCCUGUAUCUGGGCCGCGUGCAGGUUCCUGACCAUUGGACAACUACAGACAAAAAGGAUUAUUCAGGGAGUUGCUGGUGUGGCCAUUGACUCCUCCCAGGCGGCCAGAGCCGUGGGCACCCUGACUGUCGCUGGAGCCCAGUGGCUAGGGACCGGUAGUCCACCUUUUCCUUGUGACUGUGUCUCCAGGGGAGUCCCUAGGAAGGCAGUUGCUACACUGUGUUUCUUGUCCUUUGCUACCCAGCCCAGGGGUGAGGUGCCUUAACAGCGUUGUCGUCUGUCUGGAAAUGAACUGAGCGUUCCUUCUGAAACCCCAGGCCGCCCGGGAGCUGAGGAAGCGGGAGAGGCCUGGGCUCCUGCAUCUGAGCAGUGAUGUUAAUGUUCCGUUUGCACAGGACUUCCUUCCACGUGUGUGUGUGUGUGUGUGUGUGUGUGUGUGUGUGUAUUGAUUCAGUUAGUUUAAAAUGACAUUCUCGUUCCAACCAUUCACAGGUUUCCAAACUAAGUUAGCCACUGAAUUUGAGUCAGGGAAUUCCAAGUACAAAGUUCAGAAUAAGGUAAAUUCUUUGUUCUGUGUUGCUGCUGUGACUUCAGAGAAAAAAAAAAAAUUAUGAGAGCUCUUCCUGGAAUUGAAAUUUCUAUUUAAUGAAGAAGUAUAUAAUUCCAUUAUUUAUUUUUUGAGGUUUGAUUUAUCUGGAAGCUUAAAAAGAGUGUUUUAUGUUUGUUAAUAAAAACCCAAUCACAUAUCGUAUUUAACAAUAACUAAAAUGCCUCAUAGUUUUAAUAUGGGAAUAUAGCAGUGAAAAGCACUUGAAUUUGAUUGGCAGAGAAGCAUUCCAUGGCCACAAGAUGAGUAGGAGGACUAGAUAUUUUCAAAAAAUCAACUAAUUGGCUUUUCCAGACUCUUAACUAAAAUGUUCAGCGUAUUCUCAAAUUUGUCACUGAUUCUUGUGUUUCUUUUCAAAUUUAUCGUUUAAGACUAUUGCUAAAUCUUUAUAAAAAUAUAUUUGGCAAGUACACCAAAGAAACCAGCUUAUAAAAGAUUAUGAUCAUUAAUGAACUGCAAACCUCAUCUUUUGAAAACAAGUCUCUUUUUUUGUAAAUAUUUGUGUUUAUAAAUGUACAGCAGAGUAAGAGUGUUUUUUAGAUUAUUUAAUUCCCAUAUUUUCUAAACUAUUUACUACAGAAUAACCCAUGCUUGUUAGUUCGGAGGACUUAACGUUUAUUUUCUAAUUCAUCAUCGGUCAUGCUUGGAACAGCAUUUCCGCUAGAGGAUUCAGUGUUCUGGCAGCGCACGAGCGCACAUCUGGAGCACGAGGGAUCUAGCAUGGCUUGUCAGAUGCACGCCCUGAGAGACAAGAACAUAGAGUGCAAUCACCAGAGUGGACCAUACUGAGAUUCUAACUUCCCUGCAGAAUGGCUCGUUAGCCCAGGAUGUGAUUGGGAUAAGGCCCUUUGCCCACAAAUUUAGCUUCUUGUAACUCCCAGUGUGUUAUAUCAUAAUGUAUUUUUGUUUUUCCUUUGUAAUGUAAAUUUUGCUUUGGUCAAUUUGAAUUAAAAAAAAACAAAUCUGAUUUAAAA